GAGCGAGUGGCUCGAGGAGUCAGUGCGAGGGUUGUGGACGAGGCAGCAGCAGUGGCCAGCAGGCUGGGCAUCUGGCAGGCUGGCAGCAAGUUGAGAUCGAGGCGGCCUCCCUGACCAGGACACACUUCGGCAGGGGCCAGCGAUGCGGCCGAGCACAGUCCUCGACGAGUCGCGGCGGCCUGUGAUCCGAGCGGCCCUCGAGGACCACGGCUGUCGCGGUGCAGCCAGCGGCGCUCGGCGAAACCCCCAAAAGUAGAUCACACGCACUACACACACCGUCGCUCUCAUGCCAAAUAUGCUGCACCUUUUUUUGCCCGAGGAGCGCGCCUCCACACGUUUUCGCAGGAUGCAAAGGCAGGAGCAGGUGACGCUGACGGUGCUUCACAUACUUUAAUUUGCUUCCUGCAAAGUGAACCGACACCCGGACAGAUGCGAGGAGAAUUGAAAACUGGGUGCAAUCGAGGCGGCGGGUGGUGAGGGGCGGCGGCAACACCUUGACUGCAGUCAUGGGGAGGGCACACAGCCCCAUGGAGCCGGGCUAGUGCCCUCGACCUUCACCUUUCACUACUCUUAACUGCCAGCUGCUUAUAACAACCGACAUGGAGCACUUUGAGCUCACCGAGCACACCGCCAACCGACCCAUGGUCUACACCAAGAUGGAGAGCUUGGUUCGCGAGAUGCAGGAUCCAGAGAGCGGAGUUCCUGUUCGCAGCCAAAAGCUUUUCUUGACCUCAAUUCCAGCGGCAUUCAUGGGUUACGAUCUGAUAGAAUGGCUUAUGGAGCGACUUUCCAUAGAGGACUCAUCGGAGGCGGUACAUUUGGCCAACCUUUUGUGUCAAAGCGGCUACUUCUUCCCCGUCACCGACAACAAAACGCUCACGGUCAAAGAUGACAGCUCUCUGUACCGCUUUCAAACUCCUUACUACUGGCCCAGUUCUGCAGCCCAUGGACACAGCCCUGAUAACCUGGAAUACGCAAUUUACUUGGCCAAAAGAAGUCUCCGUAACAAGCAGCGUCAUGGCCUCGAAGACUAUGAACUUGAGGCGCUCAACAAUCUUAAAAAGACUCUGCAGAACAAGUGGGACUUUGUCACCAUGCAGGCCGAAGAGCAGGUCAGAUUGGCCAAGGACCGCAAGAAGGGCGAUAAGAUCGUGACCGACUCUCAGGAAAGGGCAUAUUGGCGAGUCUACCGUCCACCACCAGGCUGUUUAACCCUCGAAAUCCUACCGCUUCCGCUGGCCGCGUGUCGUCUGGAAAGACAGCAGAAGGCGGCGGCCAGGGGCAAAACUUUGUCUGACGGCAAGAAAGAGGUCCAAAUUCUUCAGUCUUCAUUGGAUAGAACGCGCGUCAAAACGUCUGUAGCCCUCGAUAGUCUCGUCCAAUCCGCCAACACUUAUCUCGAGUACGAUCCAUUUCUCACGCCGGUGCAGCCUUCCAACCCGUGGCACUCGGACGACCCAAUCUUUUGGCAAAUCAACAGCAUUUUGGUGGAAGUUCCGACAGACAGGAGAGUAAGGAGAUGGGGACUGUCCAUGGAGGAGCUUGUUUCUGAUCCCACAGGCCUGCAAGAAUUUACAGCUUUUCUGAGGAAGGAGUACAGCCACGAGAACAUCAGGUUUUGGACAGCUGUCAACGACUUGAGGCGGAGUUCGCAGUCCCAAAUUCAAACCAAAGUCAAAGAAAUUUACGACGAGUUUCUGGCACCAGGGGCGCCUUGCGAGAUAAACAUCGACGGCAAAACAAUGGAGAAGACGCAGGGCGAGUUGAAAACACCAUCAAGAUUUGCGUUCGACUACGCCAGCGAUCACGUGUACACCCUGUUGUUGAAAAAGGACUGCUACCCUCGCUUCAUUCGCUCAGAACACUACAAAGCCUUGCUAGCCGCUGGAGUGCAACCUUCACAUAAAAAACGUUUCUUCAAUUUUGGCGGACCUACCAAGAAAAAGGCGUCCACUAGCGGCGCUUCCAAUGGUGGUGCCAACAAUGUUAAUGCGGGUACAAAUUCACAGCAAGCCACCACAGCGCGAGGUUCGUCACACGACCUGGCGCGUGGUCCGGCCGCCACAGCCGCUGUGGCCGCGACGGCGGCCAAUGCUGCCUCGGCGGCGGCUGGUGGCGACGUCCUCACUCCCCCCACUCGCCCCCACGGCCUCCCCGGCUCGCUGAGCCACACAAACGUGACUGCAGAUAUGCGCUGUGAAACUCCGUACAGGGGAGAUCUGCCAGCACUGACGCCCAGUAUAAGUAAUGUCAGACUGCCUAGUAGUGCAGUGGAGUUGCGGACAAACUCGAAGGAGGCGGCGGACGACAACGUGUGUCCAUGGGAUGUCAAGUCGGCGACGCCGUCCGAGACGCUUGCGCGGGACGACGUGUGUCCGUGGGACGAGGCCCCGACCACCAGCGGCCACCAACACGCGCCCCUGCCGCGCACCAGCAGCGAAGAGACGGCGGCGGCGCCGCCCCCGGAGGUGGCCAAACUUUCGUCGUCGGCGCCGACGACGGUGUCGCCGGUGCCCAUCCCGGUGAAACUGGUGCCGGUGGUGAUGACGUCGCAGCCGACGCCGUCGCUGGUGCCCGAAAUCCGCGUCCACUCGGUCAGCAGCAUCGACGAAGAGACGCCGGAGGCGGUGCGGGAGGCGGCCAAACCGGUCAUUGUGGCCGUCGAGCUGAAGAAGGGCGUCACGCACGAACCGCUGCCCACCGAGAAAGAGAGAGAAGAAAAGACGGGCAAGGCGGCGGAGGUGCCACCCCACAAGACAUCAAAGACUGCGGACCAGAGAGCUUCAACGAGUGCGGCGGCCGAGGCGGCCAAGAAGGCCGCCGCGGCCGGCGAGAGGAGCAACGAAGUUUGCCCUUGGGAGGACGAGUGAGUACAAGAAAAAGAGGCGUGCAAAGUUGACACCAAUUACGUCAAGACAUAUUCAACUCUCGGCUACCUAUAGCCAUUUGCAGGCCACCGACCUGUCACUUCAUGCACUCGGUGGCUCAUCUGAAUACAAACCUGCGGGCGGACACAACUCGACUGCUUCAGCUUUUACCCAAAGAUAAUUUUGAAAAAGAAAAAGUAUAAUUGAAAAUUAUAUGAAACUGAUCGUGAAUGGAAAUAAAUUAUUGUAAACGUUUGUCGAACAAGAACAAGUUGGAAAUUUUCCGAAACGCAUUUUGAAACCGAGUAAAAUUUUACGAAAAAUUAAGCGGCACUUUGGCCGGACAAGAAGACCACAGCUGGCGGUCGAAGACGUGGGCUUGGUGUCGGCGCUUUUUGCUUCCUGUUGCGGGCAGACGCUGCUUUCUCUGAGCCCUUUGCAGUGCACUCGACAACAGGCGAGUAACUUGAAUCCACUCGCACCUCAAAGCCCUCGUCUCUCGUCCGACAAACAAGCUCUUAAAAAAACUAUUAUAAAAAAAUCUACUCCAAAGCAAAUGUUUCGAUGGCCCCUAUCAAUAUUCGUCGUGUACUCUAUAUAAUAUUAAAAAAUAUUGAAAUAUUCAUGUGUCGAAAAAUAAUGUAAUUCAACUCGCACACAAUUUUAUCGAAUUAUGACGAGCACUCAUAUAUUAUGAUAAUCGAUUCUCUCCUCUUGUGAGAAUAUAUAAUAAUAUACUAUCAAUGUAUAUCAUGCAUAAUAUUCAUUUUCCGAUUUGCAAAAGAAUUCCUCGUCCUGACGGGCGGCGACGAUUGUGUGCGCGAAAACGACGUCUCCGCCCUGCCGGAGUGGAAUUGGAUCUUCUCUCUAUCUCGUAUUUGUCGGUGUUCGGUGUUGGAUGUGCACAUUAUGGUAUUAUAUAUUAUAUGCAUGCAUUAUAUAAUCUGCCCCGCAGGCAGAUGUAGUUUAAGCGUAUUUAAAGGGCCGCCGAAACACUUGUCAGAGGGUAAAUAUUCAAAGGGAGAUUUCUUCACGAGCGCCAAGUUUGUUGGGCAGGUCGUCAGCGUGGCCAAUUUAGGGCAGAAAUAAAUAUGUAAGAGUAAAAAUGUUUUUGAAAUGAAAAAAAAAAUAUGGUUUCAAAAUGCAGCGCUGAGAAUUUGUAUUUGAUGGAAAAAAGUGAAAAGAAAAAAAUGUGAAAAUCCAAUCAAAGCCAAUGAAAAUUUCAGGUUUUUCGGCUUUGAUUUGAUUUGAAUUUUUUUUAAAGCAGAAAGUGGUUUCGAUGGGAAAGAUUUAUAUGAAUUUCGGAGAUCAGGGCUAAUCAAAUGAGAAGUUUUGUGAAGAAGUUAUUGGCGUUGUGGGAAGCUGAAUGCGGCCGAGGUGGUGCACGCUUUGAGCGGAGAAGGAACGAUUUGUGCAUCGCAGGAAAUGACAUUGGUGGUGCAGAAAUCCGUUUUCCAAUCCACUUUCCGUUUUUUAACCGAAGAGAAAAAGUGAAAAGUUUAACGGAACUUACGACACAAUACUGCAGUGUAGAAGAAACACACGCGCGUUGAACGAACUGAUAAUAAAUAAUUUCCGUAAUUCAUCUUUUAGAAAUCCAGCGAAACUAUAGCACAACAUGUAUAUUUAGGACUACAGACAACAAUUUGCUGAGAACGGAAAAGAACCAUUUCGUGUCACAUUUGGGGAUAAUUUAUACGUAAGGGUAAAGACACGAAAGAGCUUGGGAAAAAAUAAAUUCAACUCUCCACGUUGGAUAAAAUACAGGGCUGAACAAAAGCAUUCUUUUUGCCGAUCAUUACCAAAUGCAUUUUGCCAAAAAUCGAAAGAAAUAUAAGGAAAAAACGUACUUGUUCUCUAGCCUAUAGAUUUUUGUGGCAACACACACGCAGAUUUGAUGUUACAAUUCCUCAAAUGGACUAAAAGAGAAAAAUUCACGUGUAGUUCUAGCAACGCUAAAAGACAAGCGAAUUUAAAGAAUUUACCUAAAACGCGAGAACCGGUAUAUAAACUUAAUUAUUUUCCAGUACGAAUUGAAUAUCUCAAUUGGGAAACCGUUUCAAAAUUGUGCACGAAAUUUCGAUUUUGUGAAAGGAAUUGAGUGAUAAUUAUGAUAUAAUAUCAUUCUGGGCUAAUUGAGAAUACCAAUAAAAGUGUAGAGUUUAACAAUAAAAGACAAUAUAAUUCUCGAAAGAAAAAAGAAAUACCUAAAAAUAUAAUAUGACGAGGUAGGAUUAAAAAGAAUAUCGCUGAAGCCCUAAUUGAUAAAUAUAUUAAAUGAUUACAUGCGAAAUGCGGUUUUGCAGCAAAACAUUUUCCAAACACACUUUCCCACUGGCCUAUUAAUUAAGCGUUGUUGAAAUUUCAUGAAAAAAGAGACUCUAAGUAAGACUAUAGUUGACGAAAAAGAAGGAAUAUUCUCUCACAAAUAUCUUGAAAAAAUAUCAAACGGAAAUCUCUCUAUUCUCUUUCACCUUUUUCUCGAACCACUUCAUAUACACACAAACACGAUCGAAUCUUUCAUUAUUUAUAUGAAUAGCGCAUGCAUGCGAACAGCGCAUCAGACAUGACGACUAUUGUGUUGCAUUAAUGAAGAUAUAGCCACUACGAAAUAAUUAAACUACAUUAUUAUUAUAAAAAUCGCAGACGUACGAUGUGUAACACUGAGUGUUAUAGCAAAAGUGAAUAAAAAAAAGAAGCAUUUACUGUGAAAACAAACUGUCUGGUUAUUAAAAAAUUUGAUGAAAAAUAAAAGUAGUUGACAUGGGAAAUUUGAUAUUAAAUUAUACCACUAUCAUUAAGAUACAAUGUUCAACAGUUACUGCACGAAUAUUGCACACAUGUACUAAUUAUUAGUCAAAUAUCAUCAAUUCAGACAAGUUUUAAUAACAAUUGGUCCCAUGCGAUUGAGAAUAUUACACCACAACAAAUACAUUAUCAAGAAAAUGAAGGAUGGA